AUGGCGGUCCCCGGAAGUGGCGCAACGCCGCUGGCGCCGCGGCUGCAGCCGGUCCUCGAGGCGGCCCUGGGCAAAGGCAAAGGCAAAGGCGCUUGCGUGGCCGAUGUGGGCUGCUACGUGGGCCACCUGGCCAUUGCCAUGGUGCAACAGGAUCCAAGCGUGCGAGUGGUUGCCACGGACCGCGCGGAGCCGCCUUUGACGCUGGCGGCCCAGCGGGCGAGGGAGGUGCUGACGGUCGCGCAGCUGGCACGCCUGGACUUCCGGCAGGGCCACGGCUUCGAUGCCCUUGCGGAUGGGCCAAAUCCCGCGGUGGCGUGUCUCGCAGGUCUGCCGGCAGGACUGGUGCUGCAGCUCCUGCCCUCGGCGCCCAACUCUUUGCGCCGCCUCGUGCUGCAGCCCAGCUGCCCGCAGCCUCCGCAGGCGAUGAUGGAUUUGCGCAGCUGGCUGAACGACCACGGCUGGCUUUUGGUGGAGGAACGCCUGACCUCCGAGAGAGGCGGUGCGUGUCUAACCCUGGUGGCAGAUGCAGAGCCCGAGGCCCCGAUGCCUUCGCCGAGACGUCUCGGAUGUCUGGGCGAGAAGCUGCCGCCGCUUCUACGGCCGCGGGUGCUGGCCAAGUGCCACCAGAAGGAGGAUGCGGAGGUCUUGGCCUACCUGCAGCUGCUGGAGGAGUACUUGGAGAGAGUGGAGGAUGCACAGUGGAAGCAAGUAUUGCAGGAUGAGCUCGCGCUGAUGCAGACACCCCCGCCCUGA